CCUUAUUUGACACAUUAUAACACUGUUUCUUGCGAGAUGUUGACAUCGGAUGCCACACAUCUUCAUUUCUCUCUGUGUUUUGUGUUUAUUGGACCGCGGUCGAGUAUAUUAUUAAGCGUUGUCUAACCAAUAGCAGGCAAUACGAAACGUUUGACCAAUUAGUGGUUGAUGUGGGCUACAUCUCGUAAUUCUGUUUAAUUGCACACAAUGCAAGACUCAGCAUCACAGCGCAGAUGUAUUGCGUGUUUCAAGGGAUCUCGGGAAGAACGAUAACGAAAGAGAGGCCAGGCAUGGAGGAGAGGAGGUGUGCCACUGUCGGGGCACCGGGGGACCCAAAGCUCCCAACGUCGGUGGUCAAGACCGGCCAAUCAGCUGAGGCCCACCAGAGCAGCGUGGGUGAGGAGGUGAUGGCACCCGUCAGAGUGAAGGAGGAGGACGUCUCCGAGGUGCCGCUGAAGGUGCCCAGGUUCCAAUACGUGGAUUUCCCCUCGUUGCAUCAGUGCAUCCGGCAGAUGACCGUGCCUCCUGUGGACAGCUGGCUGGAGGGCUUCCCGCUAGAGAGGUCCUCGGCACGCACAACCCUCAGCCCUAAAGAACCAGUCCAGCCCAAGUUUAAGUACGUGGAUUACCCGUCUCUGCACCACUGCAUCAAGCAGCUGUCGGUGCCUCCUCUGGAGAGUUGGAGCUCAGGCCUAGGCAGGCCCCGGGGAGGUGGAGGAGACAGAGGCAGACCUAACUCUAACCCACAAUCCGUCUCCCAGCCCCACUCUGCGCAGGGACAUCAGACAGGAGAGGACAGUGCUGCACGCACACACAGACAGGGGGCGUACACAGCUUUCCCAUUCCCCGGUCCUGAGCCUGGCUCCGUGCAAGAGGUGACCCCCUCUGACCAGGCCGGCGGACGGCAUCUGAGUUGCCCCACCAGAACCUGGUCCUCAGGAAGCCCCUGUGGCUCCCACAGUCCGCCUAAACGACCCUCCAAUCUAGUAUCUUCUGGAAGCAGCAACAACAGAGGAACGAGUUUGUUCACCGGGCGUGAUGACGGAUCAUCUGCUGACCACAAAUCCGCUGACGGGGUGAUACAGAGGAACACAACUCGUCCUGUCCAACGGGUCCGGGCGGACCACGGCAACACGCUGCAUCAAAACCGGUUCUGGAGAACCGUACCAGAGUCUGUCUGUCCAUUCUGCCAAAAGAUGUUUUCAGAUUCAGAGGAAUUACGCGUCCAUCAGAGAAGCCAUUUGGAGAAAAGGCCUCACUGACACCUUGGGUGAGGAGAAGUUUGUCUGACAGUGAGGAAGAAGCUCCUGGUCUACUAGCUGAGACACUUCAGAGUGAGACACUCUCUAAAGGCUUGAUGGUUAAAGAAAUGCCUUCUGUCUCAGUACUUUAGUGCUCAUGCACCUUUUAGUACUUUCAAAUUGUCUGACAUCAGAGACAACAGUGGUCUUAAUUGGCCUGCCGUGACUCUCGAGGGUCCUACAGCUCUUCAAAGGUUUAUUUUACUAUGACGGGAUACACAGACAGGAAGAUCAGCAAAUUAAUUGUUGUUUUCGAUGUCAAGAAUUAGACUGAAAUGCAGUGCAUUCAUUAUUGUGUGUGUAUAGCUUUAAUGUUGUUUUCUUCUUCUUCUUUGGAAUGAAUGCCAAUGUCUCCCUGUUUACACGCUCUCGCGGGUGUUGUUUUCCUUUAUGGCCUGAACACUAAAUAAGGGUGUCGGCCCCUAUCCACUGGGGAAGGCCGUCUGGUCAGACAUUUGAAGCUGAAGAUACAGUUCCCUCUAACUUUCAGCCCUUUGACUUGAGCUGUAGGCUAAAGCAACACAGGCUGUUUAAUAAUUUCCUACCCAGUGUUUUUAUGAUUUGUAUGUUGAUGUUUUGAUUACAACGAUUAGGCCCCUGUGUCAUUGCUCGUUUUGUCUCUAAUGAACAUAAUACUUAAAAUUUGCUUUCAAAUGUUAACUGUUAGUGUGCAUUAAAGAUUUUAUAUCCAAAAAAGAUCUA